AUGCGCCCAGGGGCGGGGGGAACAGGGAAACGAGAGGGAAGGCCCAGGGGCGGGGGGGACAGGGAGACGAAACCGGAGGGGCCUCGACGAGGGGGCGGGGGCGGCAGUCCGGGGGAGCGGAAAAAACGCCGCAGGCCGGAAGGAGGACAAGCAGACCUCAGAACAGGAGGCAGCCACCACGAGGCGGGAAAAGAGGGAGAGGUAGGACGUCGAGGAAUGUGGGGGAUGGGAGGGGACACCAAACAGAAGGCGGGGUUGCAGGAGGACGGAGUGGCCGGGGGCCAAAUCAGGAGGCAAGGUGGGGGAAGAGGGGAAGGCGGGACAGGCGGCCGGCUGGGCACGCUGGGAAGGAGGGAGGGGGAGGAACGACAAGGGGGAGCCAGCCGCAGGGGGCGGCCGAGCAACAGGACAGGAACGCGGGAAACGGUGGGAAAAAGGCACCAGGGACCGCAGGCGAAAAGCCCGGAGCGGGGCCGGGCCGCGCGGCAACGGAGGGAGAAGGGAAAGCCGGGAGCGGGGGAGGGCGGGGGUGGGGGAGACACAGCCAAGGCAAGGAGAGUACGGCACCAUGGCGCAGAGAGGAGGAGUAAGGGGGUGGUGGGGGUGGGGGGACCCCGGCGACAAAUGACGGGCCCGGCGGGGGAAGCAGGGAAAAUACCGCCGGGCGGGGGGGGAAGCGGGGGGGUGAAAGGCACGGCGCGACGGAGGACCGGCCAGAAAGGCGAGGGGGGGGGACAGAGAUGA